AUGGAAAAAUCUCGGAAACCGUUCUUCUACUUCAAUUUCCAUAAGAGGAAUGAAAAAAAAAGUGUUGAUAAUCUAAAGGCUAACUAUUCCUCUAAGAUUUUGGGAACUCUGAAAAAUGUUGAGGGUGAACAAUUUGACCAAUUUCGAUGUCAUAGAUUACCAAAGGUGGAUGAAGAACUGCAUGUAAGAACGAUUUUCGAACCGGUUUCUGUAGUAGCUCGUCCAGCGAAAACGAAACCAAAGAUUCGUAGCAAACUGAGAUGGAAAGAAGAUGUUGAUUCGAAGGAAAAAACGGAAGAAUCGAAAUGCUCCACCGCUAAUUCCGACAAAGCGAUAAGCUUGAAUAUAAAAAACAAGAAAGAAUCCGGUCAGGUAAAGGCGACAGCUAGUAAGAAAUCAGGAAAGAGUACAGGUAGUACUGGUGAAAGACAACAAUCAAUUCUGUGGAUGAUUAUUCGGAAAAUUUUAGAGGAGAUACUCAUCUGGGUCAUUAUCAUCGUGAUUCUCAUCUUUAUGCGAAUUCAGAAUUCCUUGGAUCUUUAA